AUGCAGGUUACGGCUGUUAUUGCCCAACAUAUCAAGCUAUGCACACGUGAGCGAGACGGAAAGGUUCUGUGCCUAAGAUACCCACUCAGCCAUUCCCUAAGGGAAUGGCUGAAGGGAAAGUUUAAGGGAAUUUCCCUUAAACUUUCCGUGUAUCUCCUUAAGGAAGUCCUUAAGGGCGAGCGCGUGCGAGAUGUUCGCCAUUCGCAAGUUGCAAAACAAGCCAGUAACUGGCCGCCAGUUACGUUGCUUUCAUACCCCACUGGUCAAAAGGUCACCGUGAGAUUCGGAAUCCAUGAGGCGUCGAUCACUCUCCAGGUCGGAGUUCCUCAGGGGAGCCGUUUGGGACCCCUUUUGUUCACCGCAGGUGUAGUAAGUUUGAUAGAAGAUCUGCGUAAAAUCGAAGGAGCGGAUGUGGUGGUCACCGCGUACGCAGAUGAUCUGACAAUCAUACUUAGCGGCCCGAGCCGCAAGCACAUUCGCGCACUGUGGGCAAAGGUGAAGAAGAAACUGAACAAGUGGUGCACCGCGAGCGGCCUCACUAUCGAUAGGGACAAGUCUUCAUGCCUAUCUCCACGGAGGCCCCCAAUCUUAUCUCUGAGGGGAGAGGCAUUGAAGAGGAGUAAGGUAGUCCGGGUGCUAGGUGUGCAUCUGGACCAGCGUAUGAACUUCCGCUAUCAUGUGAAGAAGACAUGCGAGGCCGCAGUGCAGAGGCUCGGACGCCUGCGACGUAUAGGGAUUGAGCGGGCUCGACUGGGUAGUCGCGGUAUCAUCGCCACAUACGAGAAAGCAAUUCUACCCUUUAUUUCCUAUGGGGUUCGGGCGUGGGAAACGGCUCUAGAGGAGGAAUGGUGCCAGAACCUUCUAACUCGUGUGGCGGCAUACGCUGCCAGACUGGCCACGAGGGCGCCUCGGCGGGCAUCGAACGCGGCAACUGUUGCACUCUCUGGGCUUGUCCCUCCACAUCUAUUGCUGGCCGGUCUCGCUACUGCGGCAAGGGCAAGGCAAGACCACUCGUUGAGGAUCAGCCAGCUGCUUGAGGGAGCCGUUCCGAUGGGGAACCUGGCCGUAGAGAGGUGGCAACUACACCCACUGCCACCAUGGGAUGAUGGGCUGGACAUCGCAAUACAAACUGAGAAAGCGGCCGUGGUUUUUGCCUGCUUAGCACCGAACGAUCGGGCCAUCUACACGGACGGAUCGCUCACUCCUUCCAUACACGCUGGCAUGGCAAUGGUCGUCUAUUGCUGUGGUCAGCGGGCGCACCAGGAGUCCUACAGAGUUCCGUUGCACUGUACAGUAGCACAAUGCGAGAUGGCCGCCCUUGAAAGAGCAGUCGCUUACGCCAAGUCACACCAAGAGGAUGCUCCGACAGACGCCAGCUGCGCCUGCGAGGCUGCUGACGGCAGCACACUUCACCUCGUCACGGAGUGCAUGCUCCUCGAGGAGGCCAGAAGAGAGGCCGGACUGGGUAUUAUGCCUCAUGAUGGAGGGAACCUGGACUGUGCUGUCGACACCCUGCGGUUUGGGGUUGGCGAUGCCCACUGA